CACACACACACACACACGCACACACGUACACACAUUUCUUCUAGGAUUCCAGCAAGUUUUGCCGAGUGCCAGAGAGACCACUUCAAGUUCAAGAGAGAGAUGGGCCAUCUUAGUACCGUCGUCGUCGUGGCGCUGUUGGUGGCGCUGAGCGUGAACUGCUGGGCGGCCCCGACGGCAACGAUCAUCCAGCCGGCGGCCCACCAGUACUACCUGAUUCAACCGCAACCGGCCACGCUCAAGAUUCAACCGAGCCUGAUCCAACCGAUCCAGCACCUAAAGCUGGAACCGAAACAGUACGUCUACUACUACCCAUCGUUGCCGCUCGCGACGACCACGACCACGACGCACCAGUACACGGAAUCCGGCAAACCGGUCCGGUUGAUCGCGCUGAAGCAGGAGGAGGGCGGCAACGGGGGCAACUGGUGGUCGUCGGUCUUUGGUUUCUUCCAGCCUCCCCAAACCACCGAGAUGCCGGCCGGUGAGAGCGAAACGACGGAAGCACCAGCGGCAGCGGCAGCCCAGAGCGCACCGGAAAAGAAACUCAUGUUUAUGGCACCGGCCACGAGCGAAAAGGCAGAGACGCCGGCCUCGACCAGUGGACUCCCGCAGCGUUAUUACAUCCUGAGUGGCACGCCCCAGUUCUAUGGUAACUUCGAUGCGCUCCAGAACCCCCUCAGUCCGAUCUUUAGUCUGCAGCCGCUGCAGGCCAUCCACGCUCGUGGUGCCAAUGGGGCCGACAUUCAGGCGGAGGAUGAGCAGUUGCCCCGUUUCCAGGCGCAGAUCGUGUCGUCGCUUGCACCGAUCGCCCCGGUACCGGCCGCCGUACCGGCUCAGCUGAAGAACGAUCUGCUCGAGUCGCACCAGGACAAGGAGCAGACGAUCGACCGGGCAUGGGCUCGUUCGCUGGACGAUGAGCAGCUGCCAGAACCGGUGAUCGUGCAGGGACGCUCGAAGGAGGUGGUGGUGGAACCGGAGGAGGAGCAGCAGCAGCAGCAGCAGCAGCAGAUCGUGGCCGAUGAGGAGGUGCCGGAAUCGCAGUCGCAGCCGCAGCAGCGCAGCGUCAACGAUCCGGCCAUCGCCGCCGUCAAACCCUCCGGUAACUUCUUCGAGGAGGACGAAGACGAAGAGAAGAAGAAGAACGGGACGAUGUAAGCGGCGCACGGGGCCGGGACAUCCGGAUGACCGGAUGGCGGAUGACCUGACCACACCCCGCACCCCCACCACUCCCUCGUAGGUCAGCCCACAACGAAUCAGGAUAUUUCUGGUAUACGACAAAUGCGGAGGAUCGAAGGGAUCGAGAGACAACGGGGAUGCGAGUUGGAGAAGACGAGGAGAAGAGAGAGAGAGAGAGAAAGAGAGAGCGAGAGAGGAGGUCCCAUAAUGCACUGAGGACGGUCCACGAUCCACGAUCGAGUCGAUUAGCGUAAUCAUCUCUUAGGUCUUAGGUCUAUACACACACUCAUACACACUCAUACAAGCGCGCGCACACUUUGCAAGUGUGUUGCGCAUAAACGGACUGAAGCAUAGCCCACCUUAUCACCGCACGAGUGGACGCACGCGGGACUCGAUUCUUCCGGAUCCGAAUAUCUCACUUUCGACUCUCUACUCGACAUCAACAAUUCUCCUUUCCAAUCCAAUCCAAACCAUUCCCUUGACACUCGGCAUUCUUUCAUAAGCACAUCUCCCCUUAUCAUCAUCAUCAUCAACACCCUCAUCAUCAUCAUCAUCAUCAUGCUCAUCAUAAAACAA